AACAAUAUCAGGGCGUAGUACAUACAUGCUGCUCAUUUGCUGGACAUUGGUCAUAUUACAGAAUGAUAAAGCAGCUGUCACUACUAAACAUAAAAGGCUCCAUAUCCAUGUAUCCCCGUCAGGAUCACCAACAAACCGAACGCCUACCAUCAAGCCUCCUUCUUUAAUCCUGCGUACUACGUACCACUUACUCUUGUUCUAUUCCGUCACCAUGGCCGACGCAAGAAAGGUCAUUCCUCAGUCUCCUGAAGAAUGGUUGAAGGAAGUCAAGCACCUGGAUCUUGAUAAAGUCACGAUCCAUGACGCGCCGCUCAAGUCGGCUUCGCGUGCAGAAUUCGAGCAAUUCCUCCUUCUCCGAGUCGUCUGGAAGCGCUAUGAUUCAUCCAAAUUCCUGAGGCGCGUCGACUUGAGCCAAGCUCUACCAGAUGCCCGCACCAGAUUAAAAGGUCUCGGGUCCUGGGCCAAUUACAAAAACAGCUUUACCGGUCCAGUUCAGCAAGGAACGUUUGCAUUGGCACGCCAUUACCAACUGCAAGUAACGAGGACCGAUCAGGACAGCCCGACUGGUAGUGGUGUUCAAUUCACACCCGUAGCCCAUCGGACGCGCUCGAAGCAGCAAACGAGCCAGCCUCCAGCCCAACCAGACUUCACGAAAUCGCCUCCUACCAAUCCAGAUCCUAACUUUGAUACUGCCCUACUUGAUGACGAGUCUGAUUCAAUGUCAGUUGUCUCCUCACCACUGGUCCGCACUCCAUGGAGCCCUAUACGUCCGGAAGAUGAAUUUCUGUAUCCCCCGACAAAGGAUGAACAGAUCGUCAAUACUGCACUCCUGACAUUCCUCGAUUCUCUCACAUUGCAUUUCGAUCUCUCCGUUGGUUGGUCGAUACAUCGUAUGGCUUUUAAAGCAACAUUUACCAACAUGGAAUUCCAGGCCAGGACAGACGGUUAUCUCGCAGACAGCAAGGGGGACAUUAAAGCCAUCGUCGAGAUCAAGCCAGUCAUCAGAAACAAUAAGGAAACGCAGAUUCGUAUACAGGAAAGUCACCAAAUUGUUGCGAACUUAUUGGCAGACUACACAUCUCCCCAUGUGCAGCGCCGGAAUAAACCCCAUCGCCUCAUCAUAUCGCAGGAUAGGCACGAGAUCUAUAUAUCCGUGGCUGAGUAUGACGAUAAUUACAUUGACUAUCUCCAGACUGGGCAGACUCGCAACAAUCCAUUCCUAGUCAUGCAUCAGUACGGCCCUUGGGACACUCUUAACCCUGAUGCAAUGGACGAUCUUGGUCCGAUCAUACUAGCAUUCACAGCCAUUGCCCAGACCUACUAGGCAUUUUGUAUUCAUCCACCAGCAAUUUCCAAUGAAUACCUGUUUCAUGUUAUUUAGUAGCCGUUGAGUGCUGGCAACAGCUAGGCCGUUUUCAUUGUCUCUAUUUCUGAGACUAUUCUGCAGUUUGCCUUUCCUUUUAUUGCUUCUAUUACUUCUACUUGUGUAUCUGCUGCGAUUUCUGGAAUCAUCAUUGCCUAUUCUAGUAGCUUGCAUGUUCAAUAUCUUUCCCUGCCUCUCUCUCUCUCUCUAUAUAUAUACAUGUGUGUGUGUGUGUGUGUGUG